AUGUGCGAUGCAGAUUGCAAGAAGAGGUGCGAGGCCUUCUGGGAGUUUGUGAGGCAGAUGCGGGUGCUCAACAACUACCUCCUCAACCUGAUCGUGAACGCGGAUCAGACACCCCUGUUCCUUGAAAUGCCUGUCGAGCGCACCAUCGAGAUGAAAGGCGCUCGUACCGUGCACGUGCGCACCGCGAGGUACGAGAAGCAGCGCGUCACCGUCAUGCUAGCUGUGACGGCGGGGGGCUUGAAGCUCCCUCCCUACGUGGUCUUUCAGCGGAAAACAAUGCCGAAGUUCCCCAUUCCCCGAGAAGAGUUGGUGAAAAAAACUUUCAUCACCUGCGGCAUCUCCACCACCGUCAAUGGGAGCGAGGAUCAUCUGAUCCUCGCUCAUCUCCGGGAUAAGGCGGAGGUGGAGGUGCUGGAGGAUGUGUGCGAGGAGGAGCUCGAGGAGCUCGUCCCCAACCCUUUCUACCCCGACCCUGCUGCCUCUGCGAGCAAGGACAGUGAUGCAGAGCUAGUGGCGGAAGCUGGAGAGGAGGAGGAGGACUCUGUGGAGGAUGGGAAGGACUCGGAGGAGGAGGAGGAAGAGGAGGAGGAGUACGAGGAGCACGACGAGGAGGAAGGUGAGGAGGAUGACGAGGAGGAUGAGGAGGAGGAGGGUGAGGAGGAUGGUAGUGUGGUCGCGGAGAAGGUGGGGGCUGGAGGGGGGUGGGAGGAUGAUGGCGAAGAGUGGUGGGCAGAAGGCCGAUAUGAUGGGGAGGAGGUGGAAACGUGGGUUGCUGGUCAGGAUGACGAUUAG